AUGGGCAAAAGAAAGGCCGACAGCGGCUCCGGAAACCGCAACAAGAAAUACAAGGUCAGUGGAUUCAUAGACCCGAACACCAGCGGCGUCUAUGCCACCUGCAAUCGUGGAAGAGAACUUGGCUGUAGAAAGGAGUUGGUCCGUCUUCUCAGCGAGAAGAUCGAGGAGUUGUAUCCCAACUGGAAAGAACAAAUCGGGGACGACGAAAGCGAUAAGGAGUCCAGGGAGUCCAAGGAAGAGGGCGAGAAGAAGGAAUUGACCGUAGAGGAACAGGUGGAGAACGAGUUGAAGCUGAUGAAGAAGGAGAAAUCCGCCAAGGGGCAUCCGCUUCUCGUGCCUAUGGAGCUAGGAUGUGAGUGUCUUGUAUUUGUAAAAACGAAAAAACCUGCAGUCGCAGUUGACUUGGUGCACUCGCUAUGUGAAGAGGCCUACGAAUCUAAACAGAAAAACACUCGUUUCACACAAAAGCUCUCGCCGAUCGAAAGCUCUGUAUCAGCGUCAGCAGAGGAACUAGAAAAAUUGGCCAAGACGGUUUUGAAGCCACACUUCCACCAAGAAGACCAGAAGCCAGUCAAGUUCGCCAUCCAGGUGACUCGCAGAAACUUCAACAGCUUGGAGAAGGAAGACAUCAUCAAGCAAAUUGCCAAGUUGGUCGGCACCGAGCACGGCCACUCGGUGGACCUCAAGAACUACGAUAAGUUGAUCAUGGUCGAGUGCUACAAAACGAAUGUCGGAAUGGCGGUGGUCUCGGACUUCCAGAAGUUCGACAAGUUCAACUUGCAGCAAAUAUUCGAAAAGGCUUCGGAAUCCGUGGACCCGGAGACCAAGUCUCGUGUGCGCUCAGAAGGAAACUGA